CACUGGUGUCAUGAGAGGGGUCAGUGUGGAUGUUUGAUGGAUUGUGGUCAUUUCACCAUUAGCACUGAGAGAGACAAACACAUAGUUAUUGAGUUAUUUGAAGGAGACAGUUCUGAAUAAAAAAAAAACAAACAUUCAAGCUUGAAGUUUCAUUCUCAACCUUGGAAAUCCUAGACUGAGAAGAUCUGACACUGAAAAAUGUCAUCGUGGUCAAACACAGAUACCUCUGGUGCAUCAGUCCCGCUGACAGCACCUGAGAUCCAGGCAGGUCAAACUCUGUUUGGCAGCUCUUCUGGUUACUCCAUUCUGGAGUUUAUUGGUGAAGGCUGCUUUGGUAAAGUAGCCAAGUGCCAGAAUCUGGCAACAAACGAGAGAGUUGCUGUUAAGAUCCUCAAGAGUGACACCGAUUUUAUCCAGGACACUGAGAAAGAGGUGUCCAUGUUAGAAAUCAUCAGUGUCCUGAAUCCAGACCACACUAAUGUGGUAAAGUUCUUUGAGCGGUUUGAACACAUGGGACAGACCUGUCUAGCAUUUGAGAUGCUGGACAGGAAUCUCUAUGAGCUGCUCCAAGAACGAGACUGGAAACCACUGUCUCUGAAAGAGAUCCGACCGAUCUCAAAACAGCUGUUGGUGGCCUUAGAUGCCCUGAAGAGUCUCGGUAUCCUGCAUACAGAUAUCAAACCAGAAAACAUUUUGUUUGUCAACAAGCAGGCCCAGCCUAUGAGGGUAAAAUUAAUAGACUUUGGCGAAGCUAUUCCAGCCACCAAAAUCCAGCCUGGGAUGGAGCUUCAGCCGGUCGGAUACAGGUGGGUUCAUCCUGCACAUCUGUUUACGGAGCUUUUGCUGAACUUCUUCAGCUACCACAAGAAGUACAUCGUCUGCUGGGCCUUCUUGAUAAACCUUUACAAGGUUACAAGGGCUCCAGAAAUUGCCCUAGGCCUGCCCUUCACAGAGGCUAUAGAUGUUUGGGGAGUUGGCUGCAUCCUGGCCUUCCUCUACCUUGCUGAAAACCUCUUCCCUGUCGACUGUGACUAUCAGAUGAUGAAGUGCAUGGUUGAGGUUCUGGGUCAGCCAGAGGACCACCUGCUCUGUGCUGGCAAAUAUACCCGGUACUUCUUCAGUGAGGAGGAGGCUGCUGACGGUCCAACUUGGAGGCUUAUGGCGCCUGAAGAAUAUACAGCUGCCAACUGCGUGAAACCAGAGGAGCGUAACAGCUUCAUUGACCUGCCCAGCUCUCUGGAUGACCUGGUGAAUAUCUAUCCAGAAUGGGAUGCUGCUGAAUUUGAGGACAGGAGGGCUUUUGUGGAACUCAUGAAACGGCUGAUGCAUCUUGACGGGGAUCAGAGAAUCUCUCCCCAUCAAGCUCUGGAGCACCCGUUCGUCACAAUGUCCCACCUGAUCGAGCACUCUGACAGCACAGCCUAG